CGACUUAAUAACGGACAGUACGAGUUUCACGAAUCGUGCGCAUUGCAGUCUAGCGUAGAGGAUCUUUAUCAUUCAAGAAACGUCAAUGCUCUUAUCUUAUCGUGUACUGGGUGUCCGCGAGAUUCUCGAAAAGCCGACCAUGUCGUAACGCAAGGUGAACAAGUUGCAUCUCGGUUCAACGUACGAAAAAAUGUCCGCGCUGACGCGACUAGAUGAUGUUCGCGAAACGCUGAUUUCACGUUUCGCGAAAGAGGAGUUCUGAUAAUCGUAUUAUUCGACCAUUUCGACGGGAAGCACACUUCGAAACACGAUUACUCGACCGUGCCCUUGCGAUUCAAUUAUUUAUCGCGUCAAUGUGGCAACUUAUAAGUGAUAAGGAGAAAAUAAAGAAAUACCUGGACGAAGAAGCGUCGAGAGUCGAGCAUGGCAAAGAGAGACAGUUCGGAAUCGGAGUGUUCGGAGGCUGAGGACUCAAAUGACUUAGGGGCCUUCAUCAGCCCCGAGAUCUGUGCGAUGGACACUGUGGACAGUGCCAGCAAGCGGCAAGCUACUCGUGUCUUCAAGAAGUCCAGCCUAAAUGGAAAGAUCACCGUGUACCUUGGGAAAAGAGACUUCGUUGAUCACAUAACCCACGUCGAUCCUAUUGACGGGGUCGUACUGAUUGACCCGGACUACGUGAAGGAUCGCAAGGUCUUCGGCCACGUUCUGGCCGUGUUCAAGUAUGGCAGAGAGGACCUGGACGUUCUGGGGCUGUCGUUCCGCAAGGACCUCUACCUGGCGGCCGACCAGAUUUACCCAGAGGUGCCUGGUACCCAGCAAAGGGAGCUGACACGAUUGCAGGAGAGGCUGAUCAGGAAGCUGGGCAGCAAUGCCUAUCCGUUCUACUUCGAGCUGCCACCACACUGUCCAGCGUCAGUGACGCUGCAACCUGCGCCAGGGGACACUGGGAAACCCUGUGGCGUUGACUACGAAUUUAAAGCGUUCGUAGGUGAGACGCAGGACGAGAAACCGCACAAACGAGACCUGGUGAGGCUGGCGAUACGAAAGAUCAUGUACGCGCCCUCGAAACAGGGCGAGCAGCCAUCGGUAGAGGUCAGUAAGGAGUUCGUGAUGUCCCCCAACAAACUCUAUUUAGAGGCGUCGCUGGACAAGGAGCUGUACCAUCACGGCGAGAACAUCGCCGUGAACGUGCACAUAGCGAACAAUAGCAACAGGACUGUUAAAAAGAUCAAAGUGACCGUGAGGCAGUUCGCGGACAUCUGUCUGUUCUCCACGGCACAGUACAAGUGCACGGUCGCCGAGGCGGAGAGCGAUAUAGGGGUAGCGCCAGGAUUCACCCUGAGCAAGGUCUUUUCUCUAAGGCCGACGCUUGCCGACAACAAAGACAAGCGAGGUCUUGCUCUAGAUGGUCAGCUUAAGCACGAGGACACCAAUCUCGCAUCUAGCACAAUGGAGGGGUGCCCGGUGGGGCAAGGUUUCACGCUGAGCAAAGUGUUCUCUCUGACACCGCUUCUCGCCAACAACAAAAAUAAAUGGGGGCUUGCCCUCGACGGCCAGCUCAAACACGAGGACACCAAUCUGGCGUCCAGCACCCUUGUGGUGGAUCCCUCGCAACGUGAGAACCUCGGGAUUAUCGUCCAGUACAAAGUGAAAGUGAAACUCUGCCUUGGAGCGCUUGGAGGUGAAUUAGUCGCGGAGCUGCCGUUCAUCCUGAUGCACCCAAAACCGGAAGAGGAGGAACCGACGCCAUCCACCGCGCGUCCGAGCCCGACGCAAAAAGCAGACAGCGGUGAAAUACCGCUCGACACGAACCUCAUCCAAUUGGACACAGAGGCUUACGGCGACGACGACAUAAUCUUCGAAGACUUCGCCCGCCUGAGGCUGAAGGGCGAGACAGAGGCCUGACCAAGUCGUUCCGGCACCAUUCACUUGUACGAAACAGCAAAACGUCCAAUGUUCCGAAACGCUGCAACGCCGACGAAGCUAAUUUCAUAAAACGUUCGAUGGAAGUUGCCUCGCGAGACAGAGUACCAGAGCCAAAACGAUCGAGGAUCGUAAAAUGCAGAGCAAAAGCUCGCUAGAGCCACCAGGUAACGAAGAAUUAAUUGCUAAGGAACUCGUUUCCAAAAUAUACCCUCAGAAUGGUACUAAUCGCUGCACAAAAAGAAAACGUAACGUGUUCUCUGAGAGAGAUGCAAAGAAAAAUCAGCGAACGAGCGCUCGUCGUUGGGGAAACGUUGCUCGUCAUGACGGAGCGUUUACGCUUUGACGCAUUUUAUUCGUGACAAGUAACGAGGCAUCAAAGACUGAACAACACCCGUUGAAGGAGAAUAUCCAAAAAAGAACCUUAGCCAAUGACGUAUUUAUUAUAGCUCUAUCGAUUACGAGUGACGAUGAACGGACUUCUUGGGAAUCACGUCGAAGACUAUUCGACAUCGAAACUAAAGUCUCUGGAAGGGACUGUAAACGGACAGAUGUUUCUGUAACUUUAAUUACAUGGCCAGUAUAUAAUGUAAUGCAGCCAGUGUUACACGUUGAUUCGCGCAAAAUUUACUCCUAUCGGUCGCAGACUUGUUGUAGGUGUUUACUGAGCACUCGGGGAAGAGAGGACGGUCGCCUUUGUCGAAUCAGACACGUGGACUAUUUAUUUUUGUUUCUGUAGAAUUAUGAUCUAGCUUACUUUGACACUCUGGUCAACGCACGGGAGAAGGUACGCGUUGUACGUUUCGUUUUGUUUCAUCGUCUUAAAGAAGUAGACUCGGACAAACUCAGGGAUAAAGAAUUUGUCUGGAUAGUUGAAUAAUAGAACAGUGGUCGAGCAAACUAAAAUUAUUUAAUGGGAUUCAGUGCAUUUAUGUUACAUUUCUAUGUUAUUUCAAACGUUGGAAUCGUUGGCGACAGAGGACGCCACGUCAGACUGGUCAAGCUGCAGCCUUUUCGAAUAUCAGACUUAGGAAGAAAGCAGCUGUAAUUAUAACUCAAUUGAUAGGAACCAUAAACUGAUCCCGUGGGACUCUACCUCCCUGCACUGCGUUCGAUGGUGUUGCAAUGCAGUAAUUGUUGUUAAUACAUUUUUGUAAACGACCUUCCUUCUUGGCAGAUCUGGUAGAGGCUUCUGAGCGUGAAAUAUGGUUUCAACGUCUUGCUGCCAUAUCAGUUGGUUGUAUCAGAUAUAUUAAUUGGGGGUCUAUCAAAGUUGCAUACAGAAUCAGGGAUGAUGACGUCAUGUUAUAGGGUCGUCUCUCAAAAUCUAUGCUAUAUGAUCACUGAGAAUCAUAGUACAAUAUGUCAGGAAGUAUUUGAGAAAUGUACACCAACAUAUCACCGUAUCAAGACCCAGAUCGUAGACUGUAACAUCAGCAUAGCCAUUAGUACAUCAACAGAGGUCUGAAUCUAUACUGUGUCACACUCUGUGGUAUCAAUGACCUUGGUAAAGUCAAUUUUUAUGCUGAUAAUCAGUUGAAAUCAUUUUCUAUAAGAAACAGCUCGCACGCAGAGACCUCUAUCAAACCUACCCCUAUGAACCAUGAAGAGGCUGCCGAAAUCCCAAGGGAUCUCAAACUUUCCGUUUGGAAACAUCGUCUGAACGACACGAUCGCAAUCUUUGAUCUUUCGACCAGUGUUCACGCUUCAAGCGAACCAGAAGUCUAAAAAAUAGUCGUGCCAGACAACAAUGAUCAUGGCGAACAAUUAUCGAUAGAAUGCGUUACAUUGACCGUAGAUAUAUCUUUGUAUUUGGCGUCUUACAUGAUCGAAGUUCACGUUUUAAGGAUGUUUUUUUGUAUUACCUAAUAUCGAACGACAAACACAGGUCGGAUUUCUUUAAGGCGAAAACAUCGCAACAAAUUCAACGAAUCCUACUUAAACGUUAUAUAUACAUAUAUACAUAUAUACGUGGACAUAUACACACACAUAUACAUAUAUAUUUAUAUAUAUGUAUAGAUGUACGUAAGCCCUGCAUCACUUGCUUAACGAUAAAUUAAGCAACGUUAUAAAACGGAAUUAAGAUAAUAUUCCAACGGUUUUAGCUUUUACACGUUUAUACCAAGUUCGAGAAAGCAUUGGGUUUCUUGCGACGCUACUAAUCGUACGAUUUCGUAUUCCUUUUUUAUGUAUCACGCUUUUGUACCGAACGAAACAUUUAUGGUGCCAUCCUUAUUACCUGGAUUACCAUUGGACAUUCUUUUUUCGGGGGAUUUCGAAUGACGCGGACGAGAAUGUCGAUCAGGUUCCGUUUCGCGAUCCACGAAGACUGUUGUCAAACUGAAUCACCUGUUUUUUAAGCGAAGCGUCAAUUCCGCAUGAGUUUCCCUGGAUCGUUUACGAUUUGCGUUCAGUGUUCGUCGAUGUAACAGUGAUUCUCUUGCCGAGAGGCGGUACGAAACGAAUCGAGGAAGAAUUUAAUCGAGGGGAGUGAGUCAUUCCAGACGUACGUGUUUCGAUGUGAACGCCUUUAGAAACACACGUGGAAUAUUAAAUUAAGCUUCGAGUAGCAGAUCAAACUGACUCGAUGGCUCAAAUGGCCGAAAGAGUGGAAGGUGAUUUUGGACAUUUUUAUUUUGCAAUUUAUAUUCCAUUGAAAGCUCUCCUCUUUGUGCUAGACUGAAAUCGAACUCAAAAUCAUCAUCGAGCCACUGAUCUGCAACUUGGAAACACUAUACUUGUUGUAUUAGCACGAUUCAAACGUUAAGGUGUCCGCUGUCAAUUAAUCGUUACUUCGUCGAGAUCAUGACAAUUUUUCAAGGGCGUUGCGAACGACAGCGAGAUCAAUGCAACCUGUGCGUGCCGACGAGUUUAACUUACAAUUAACGCGAUUGUGCGUCUCGAGGGGAACGACUAUGUUGGCUCAAAACUGAAGAGACUUAGCCUGACAAGGAGUUAUUUUUAAGGACAUCCACUUUCGAAACGAAGAACGGUUCGCUCAGAUUCGUUCGGGAGCCUUGCGGCCACGUUUUCUGUUGUAACGAACGAAAAGUCAAUUGAACAGACCAAAUGAAUGGUAGACUUGUCAUUCUCUUCAACUUUGACCCACCGAGAUUAGCCAGGGCAACGCCGAUCGUGCUCCUGACGUUUUAACGUUGCGCAUGUAUAUACAGGAGGCAAGGAAGAAUAGUAUUUUUUAUCGAUUUAGCAUUUACAGAGUGUUAUUUAGGAGAGACUACCGAUUAUACCAAAGCCAGCAUCUCUCUCUUCGAUGUUUCGUAAGCGAAGAAGCUUCUGGGAGAUUGGGAGGAGGAAGCGCGCGUGUUCCGCGCCAACGAACAUAGUGUUCUCUAGAAGUUACUGACCGAACCAGCCCCCAGAGUUAACUGCGAAUCUCCAUUUAAUGUUUAAACUACCUGUAGGUCGAAGUACGUCAACGUCCGUAAGCUUGGGGUAAAAAAUCGUCAGGAACAAAAAGCAUUCGUAACAGAAACAAAGACUACCACGUCAAACUACAUUCGGAGACUUGUAACUCUCUAUUAAUUUUUAUCUAGAUCCACUUACUCCCUGUUUACAAAUUGAAUUAUAAGAAAUUUUUUAUUCAAAGCUUAACCACCCUUUCAAGAUUGCGACCCUAAGCUUACAGGCGCAAUGCAAGGAAGCAAAGACGAAGGAACGGCAUGUACAAUACGCGUGAGAGUAUAUUUUAUAUUCGAGCGGAUAUUUUUUGUACGACAACCGAGAUUCUGACGAUAGUUGAGAAUUCGGAGGACUUUAGACGAGUACAAGCUUGGAGUUAGAGGAGGGUUAUCCUGACUGCACAAAGAGUACGCGUUGCUUUUCACGAGUCAAUAAUGGGGGUGCUGUUUACAACGAUCGUUUGAAACGAGUGUCCAGUGUCGAUCGAUCGUGCUAAUUCGUUGUAACGAGAAACAAGCCCAUUACGCUUUCAAUCGUUCUUGGAUCGAGCGAUACGAUUCUGCCAUCCUCGAGAUUCGCUUCUUUUCCGUGUAAGCGUGAUUCGAGUGUAAUCGUGUUGGACACCGUCGAUGUCGCCGACAGGACUAUGUAAAGAUGCAAAGACGCGUAUUCGUAAUAGGUUGUACAUUAUGUAUGGAGUACGCUGAGCGCGUAGAUCCACGCAGGGCAUAAUAGUUAGUUAAAGUUAGAAGCGAUAUCGGUUAGGAGAGGGAAAGGUGUUUCGUCCAGCAACCAAGUGUGUGUGUGUGUGUACGCGAACUAGGUCGUGAGAGCAGAGAUGAACAGAAUUUUAUUGGAAUAAUAACAGUAUCGAGCUAUUUGUUAAUUUUUAUUAUUCUCUAGAGUCAUAGAUGAAAUUUCUAUUAAUUUAAUGUCUUUCAGAGACUUUUUACGAUAAAUGAAACUUAACAAAUUUAAUUUAUCUUUUUUGCCUCGCAAGCAGUGUAAUUUUAUUUUAAAUUAAAAUUCUUUUAUUCGUUAUUCCAGAUUGUUAUUCAGGUAAGAAUUCUGCCCAUCUCUGGAUGAGAGUUGCAAAUGGGUCACAAGCAGUGCUAUUACGUGUAAAUUCCGUUUCGAGCGGUUUAAUUUAUUCUCGAAGGUUCUAUAAACGAGAGAAAACAAAUAUAAAAGAAAGGAAAAAUGUGUCGUAUAAAGCGACCGAAUCAUUCAUUUUUGUAUCAGAACAAAGUAUUGCGAGAGAAACGAACAUAUUAAUUAAGAGUGUGUAUAAAAGAGAAAUGGAAGAAGAGAGUAAAUAGCGAGAUACGUAAUAUAUUAUAAUGUACAUGUAAAAAUUGUGUAUUCUCAUAUAAUAAUAGCUGUAAUAAUUUAAUAAAUCCUGUAUAUCGGA